AUGCAGACACGUGAGCGGGUACUCAAGCGAUUUAAAGACAUUAAGUUUAGAGAAGAAGUGAUAGUUAUAAAAGGUUUGGGCGAGUCACUUCCCUCUGAAGCUCUCAUGACCUCCAUGUUUGAUAAAGUGUUAGAACGACAGCGCACAGCUGUAGGGUCAAAGGACGACGACAUGGUAGUCCUUGAGAUCGCUAAUAAUCACAACGUAGAGAAUCCUCUAUGGUUCUCUAUGAGACGUGCAGACCAGCUUUCAGGUCAGGUCGUUAUCGACAAGUUGUCGCGAGUUCUGAAUUCCAAUCAGCAGUUUUUUUCUGAUGGGCAGAUGACUGUCAGCUACAUACACGUUCCCACUCCUGAGGCAGGAGGCAGACGCACGCAUGGCAGGUCUGUCAAUGAGACGAUGGAUGAAUGGCUUAAGAGGAAGUCAGACGCGGCAUCAAUAUGGUCACCUCAAAACACGAAUGACAGCAUGUGUCUUACACGAAGUGUUAGUGUGGCUAUUGCUAAAUACAAUGAAGAACGCAGAGUCCUGUACAAAAUAAAAAAAGAUGUGGGUAAUGUGCUAACAGAACAGGCACUUUAUCUGUGCCAAUCGGCAGGCAUUGACUCACAGAAAUCAUGCGGUCUGGCUGAAGUCGCUCGACUGCAGGAAUUUCUUAAGGCUACCUAUAGGAUCAUUGUCUUCACAGAUAAGAAAGGCAAAGACUGUGUUUACAAGGGGGACUAUGCAGUGGGCUUAAAAAACAUAUAUCUCUUGCUUCACAAAGAGCAUUUUUCUGCAAUCAUGUUUCCUCGGCAAGCCUUUGAUUAUGAUUAUGACUGUGAAAAGUGCGCUGUGUUCUUUAAUAAGAAAGGAGAGCAUCAGUGCCAAGGAUCAUGUUGGCGGUGCUUUGGCCCGGACCCUCAUGAUCAACCUGGGGUGGUUCUUGAGCGUUGUGGAGACUGCGGUCAUCAAUUUGCAGGACCGGAUUGUCUAGAAAAUCAUAAGACCAUCAAACUACACCGUGCCACUAAAACAAAGUGUGAGACAUUUAAAUUUUGUGCGUUGUGUUCUACAAGUUAUAGUACUCAACGUGAGGCGUCACAUGUCUGUAACACAGUGUACUGCCAGUAUUGCAAACACAACGUCAGGGAAAAUCACUUAUGCUACAUGACGCCGUGGUCUGAACGAGAAAAGCGCCCUAAGUGGAAAUAUUUGACGGUCUACUACGAUUUUGAAUGUUCUCAAGUGGACCCCAUAGAGGGAAAAGACGACAUUUUUGAGCACAAACCAAACCUUUUAGUGACACAAACUGUCUGUGAUCAAUGUAAGCACAUCGAUCAAAAUGAAUAUUUUUGUGAGAACUGCCAAAAUCGCCAGCACAUAUUUCAUAAUUUGGAUGACAAAAAUAUCAACGUUGUCCAACAGUUUCUCACAUAUUUAAAAUCUUUCCCUGCAAAGACAGAAAUUUUGCUCGUAGCACACAAUGCAAAAGCGUAUGAUGUGUUGUUCAUUCUUCAGGAGCUGAUAGCUCACGGGCUUAAGCCCGAAAUUACACUACAGGGGGCCAAAAUAAUUUGCCUUAAAAUAGGCAACUUCAAGUUCAUUGAUUCAUUGAUGUUCUUACCCAUGCCACUCGCUGCUAUGCCAAAGAGCUUUGGUCUUACCGAGCUCAAGAAAGGCCACUGGUGCUAUCUGGCUAAUCGAUCAGAAUUUUAUUCUUAUGUUGGUCCUAUGCUUGAUAAAAAGUAUUAUUGCAGCUCAGGUAUGAAGGAUAAGGCGUACUAUGAGUUUGAGCAAUGGUAUAAGGAUCAAGUUGAAAACAACUAUGUUUUCAACUUCCGCAAGGAACUGAUCGACUAUUGUAUAUCAGACGUAACGAUCCUCAGACAGGCGUGCCAAUCCUUUCGCUCUCUUUUCUCGGAAAAAGCAGGGUUUGAUCCAAUGUUCAACUGCAUUUCCCUCAGCGGUGCGUGUAUGGCAGCCUUUAGGAGAAACUUUCUACAGAAAGACACGAUUGGUAUUGUGCCACCAGGGGGUUACCACGGAAGGGGGAAGCAAAGUCACGUCGCUCUACAGUGGUUAGACUAUGAAUCAUUCAAAUUAGGGGAAACGAUCAAAACCAUACACACAGAUCGUGAGGUGUCCGUCCUGGGCCGGCGUGUCGAUGGAUAUGUUGAGAUUUCUCUCAUUGACAACACAAUUGAACGCAGAAUUUACCAGUUUCACGGGUGUUACUGGCACCACUGUCCAAAGCACUACCCCUCAGAAGAAGGCUGCGGUGUUAACCGUUUUCAACAGACUCAGAAAAUCACCCAGAUGUUCCGUACACAUGGAUAUAAAGUCAUUGAGAAAUGGGAAUGUGAUUUUAAAUGGGACAUGGAAAAUGAUCCUGAUGUCAAAAACUACUUUGAAUCACACCCUACACAGAGAACUCAGCCGCUCAAUCUUCGUGAUGCCUUAGCAGGCGGACGAACAAGUGCAUUCAAAGCGUAUUACAAAGCAAAUCUGAAAGAGGGCGAAAAAAUAAUGAUGGUCGAUGUUAUCUCUGAAUAUCCUGCAGCCAACCUGCGGGGAAAGUAUAGUUUUGGGCACCCUCGCAUUUUUUUGGAGGGUGACCCCACUAUGCCAGAUGUACAUGAGUGGAACGGAGUUAUCAAGGCAACUUUACUACCUCCUCGGGAUUUGUUCAUCCCCGUUUUGCCUUACAAAUGUGGGGGAAAAUUACAUUUCCCUCUCUGUCGGCUUUGCGCUGAAACUGAGAGUGAGGAGAUUUGCUCUCAUGACAAUCCAGAAGACCGACAGUUGACGGGAACGUGGUGCGCCCCUGAAAUCAAGCUCGCCGUUCUGGAAAAGUCAUAUCAGUUAAGCACAGUGCAUGAAGUGUAUCAAUACCCGGGGGAAAUGAAAUACAAUCCUGAAACUGGGGAGGAUGGGCUCUUAUCAGCCUAUGUACGCUGUUUCAUGGCACUAAAGAUUCAGGCAAGUGGUUGGCCUGAAAACUGUGAUACACCAGAAGCACAGCAAAAAUACGUGGAAGAAAUAUUAAAAUGUGAGGGAAUUACAAUAGACCCAAAUAAAAUGGAAUACAAUCCUGCCCUGCGUCAGCUCAGCAAGCUUAUGCUCAAUUCAUUCUGGGGUAAAUUUGGCGAGAAAUGCCUAAGGUCAAAAACAGAAUUUGUGUAUGAUUAUGGGGAACUGAUGCACAUUAUUUCAGACCCUAAAAAAAUUGUACAGACUCUUCUGCCUCUUUCCGAAACAUGUCUCCAAGUGUCUUGGAAACCGGUCAAUGACAGCGAAGAAUCUCUCCCAACCUCAUCCCUUCUUCACGCUGCAUUCACGACAUGUCACGGUCGCAUGCAAUUGUACCAAUACUUAGACACAGUGCGGGAGAGAGCUAUUUACGCUGAUACCGAUUCCUGUGCAUACAUUAGCCGCCCGGGAGAGCCAGAGCUGCGUCUGGGAACUCACUUGGGGGACCUAACAGAUCAAGUCAGUGAGCAGUUCGGCCCUGGAAGUUUCAUAUUAGAAAUGGUCUGUGCAGGACCUAAAAACUAUUCAUAUUUGGUGGCAAAGGGGGGUGACCCAAACAAUGUAGGGGUCGUUAUAAAAGUGAGAGGAAUCAAUAUUAACAAGUCAUGUGAUCAACUUGUCACAUUUCACAAUCUUAAGGCUAUGGUCUUAGGACAGAAAGAUGCUAUAACAGUCCCGAUUCCAAGACAGAUUGCAAGGCUUCCGGGUUGGAGAGUUGUCACCCGUGACACCUCUAAGAAAUGGCAGGCAAAGAACUCCAAGAGGCGCCGUGUCGGCGAGGGGGACACCGUUCCCCAUGGGUACAAUCGCUGGCUUAAUGCUGAGCAGGAGGAUCAAGCAUUACUUGAGGCCCUUGAAACUUUGAGGGACGCCUAA